AUGGAAAUCUGCGUGGGAAAAGGAAGUUUUGUCAACGGGGUCAUACUUCUGCUGGUGUUGCUUCUCAUACUGCUGUGUCAUUCUGUAUGCAAGACACAUUCCAUUAAUUGCAGCAUAUAUGAUCCCCUCCCGGUUUCUCAUGAAUAUUACCAGCCAGGAGACUUUGUCAUCGGUGAGAUUGUUUCUCAAGUUGUCUUCCUGUCUGAUGAACUCGGUUUCACAAAACCACCUACAGAGACCUUGAUUGAUGAACCUGUCUCAAUGCCAAAGAACUACCAGCACGUUCUGGCCUUAGCAUUUGCUGUCAAAGAAAUCAACGAGAAUCCCAACAUCUUAUCCAAUAUCUCUCUGGGGUUUCGUGUCCUCAAUAGCUACUACACUGCAAGGAUGACCUACAAGGCCACCCUGAGCCUGCUUUCUGUGCAACAGACCUUUGUCCCCAACUUUAUGUGUCACACCCAGAACAAUCUGAUAGCUCUCAUUGGGGGAUGUACCUCUGAAGUCUCUGCCAAUGUGGCCAUCAUUUCAGCAAUCCACAAGACUCCACAGCUCACUUAUGGAUCAUUUCUGCCGGUCCAAAGCACCAAAAGGCUCUUCCCAUUUUUGUACCAGAUGGUCCCCAGUGAAUCCCACCAGCACAAAGGAGUUGUGCAGUUACUUCAGCAUUUCAAAUGGACAUGGAUUGGGCUCUUGGCUGUAGAUGAUGACAAAGGGGACAGGUUUUUACAGACCAUUGUACCAUUGCUUUCCCAGAAUUAUGUUUGUUAUGACUUCAUAGUAAGAAUACCAAAAUGGGAUUUUGUGGCUGAACUGCUAGAUCUGGGGCUUAAAAGUCUGAAUAGCGUUAGCAUUGCCUUUGGGAGAAAAGCCAAUGUAGUAUUUAUUUAUGGAGAAUCUCCUUCCUUUAUGAUUUUGAGAAUUAUGCUAGUGACAGCACCAUACUUUUCAUUGCCAAUUCAAGGCAAAGUCUGGCUUGUUACAUCCCACUGGGAUUUUGCAUCACAAUCUCUUCGCAAACAGUUUGAUAUACAAACCUUUCAUGGCUCCAUAACCUUCACUGUUCACUCAAACCAGCUGGUGCAUCCAUUUCUAAAGGACAUCGCAAUCAAUAAUAGUGCUGGAGACACUGUGCGCUUUGAUGAAAAUGGUGAGCAAGUUACUGACUUUGAUGUUACAAACUGGUUGAUGUUCACCAAUGGAUCACUGGUUCGAGUCAAAGUCGGAAGACUGGAACCACAGGCUCCUCUGGGCAAAGAAUUAACCAUUUAUGAUGACCGAAUUGUUUGGCAUCCAAACUUUAAUCAGGUGCUGCCUGUUUCUUUGUGUAAUGACUACUGCUAUCCUGGCUACAGCAAGAAAAAGAAGGAGGGGGAGAAGUUUUGCUGCUAUGAUUGUGUUCCGUGUCCAGAAGGGACAGUCUCUCUCCAGAAAGAUAUGGAUGCUUGUAUCAAAUGCCCCGAAGACCAGUAUCCCAGCAAGGACCACACUCAAUGCAUUCCCAAAGUUCUAAGCUUCCUCUCUUACACAGAAAACUUAGGGAUUAUCCUGGCUACUUUGGCCAUUUCUUUCUCUUUCAUCACCAUUCUAGUGCUGGGAAGUUUUAUGAAAUGCAGGGACACACCCAUAGUCAAGGCCAAUAACCGGACCCUGACUUACAUCCUCCUCGUUUCCCUUCUUCUUUGCUUCCUCUCCACUUUGCUUUUCAUUGGACAGCCAGGAGAAGGGAUCUGCCUUCUACGCCAAAUGGUCUUUGGCAUCGUCUUCUCUGUGGCUCUUUCUUGUGUCUUGGCAAAGACCAUAACCGUGGUUCUGGCAUUCAUGGCAACCAAACCAGGAUCUGGGAUGAGGAAAUGGGUGGGGAAAAGACUGGCAAAUUCAAUUGUCCUUGUCUGCACCUUCAUUCAAGCUGGCAUUUGUAUCCUGUGGUUAAGUACUUCCCCGCCAUUCCCAGAUUCGGACAUGCACUCAUUGAAUGGGGAAAUCAUCUUGGAAUGUAAUGAGGGUUCAGCGACCAUGUUUUACUGUGUCUUGGGCUACAUGGGCUCCCUGGCCGUAAUUAGCUUCGUUGUGGCUUUUCCGGCCAGGAAAUUACCUGAUAGUUUCAAUGAGGCCAAAUUUAUUACUUUCAGCAUGUUGGUGUUUUGCAGUGUUUGGUUGUCCUUUGUUCCAACCUACCUGAGCACUAAAGGAAAAUACAUGGUAGCCGUGGAGAUCUUCUCCAUCUUGGCCUCCAGUGCUGGAUUACUGGGUUGCAUCUUUUCUCCUAAAUGCUACAUAAUUUUAUUCAGGCCUGAUCUGAACAGUAGAGAGCAAAUAAUGGCCAGAAAAAGUGAGAGGAUCAUAUAUGAUGAUCCCCUCCCUAUUCCUCAUGAAUUUUACCAGCCAGGAGGCAUUGUCAUUGGUGAGAUUGUUUCUCAAGUCUUUUUCCUCUCUAAUACGCUCUCUUUCAUGGAACAGCCUGCCCAGAUCACGAUUGACGAACCUAUAUCAGUGCCAAAGAACUACCAGCACAUUCUGGCCUUAGCAUUUGCUGUCAAAGAAAUCAACGAGAAUCCCAAUGUCUUAUCCAAUAUCUCUCUGGGGUUUCGUAUCCUCAAUAGCUACUACACUGCAAGGAUGACCUACAAGGCCACCCUCAGCCUGCUCUCCACAGAACAUAGGUUUGUCCCCAACUUCAAAUGUGACAACCAAAACAAUCUGAUAGCUUUCAUUGGGGGUUGUAUCUCUGAAGUCUCUGCCAACAUGGCCAUCAUUUCAGCAAUCCACAAGACUCCACAGCAAGAGAUAAGCCACACCAGGGAAACCGUCACUGAGUCCCAAAGCCUUCAAGCUGGUCAAGAACCCUACAGGAAUCUCCCAGUAGCAUCUGUCUGCAAUGUCCCCAAAUGCACAACUCAGAUAUUACUUCUACAGGGUUCUGUAGGGUCCCUGUUCUGGAAACAGGGAGUGGAAGUGAUUGAUUAG